GUUGUUCUAAAAGAAAAAAGGCCAAACAGAUCGAUAGAGUUUAGCGACAUUCCAUUCACCUUAUUUCUGACAUUUAAGAAAAAUCAGGGGCUUCCACAUACAAGAUUUAUACUGCUCACAGUUCCUCUUGAUUUUUUUUCUCCGAUUCGCCUAUAAAUUUCUAUUUUUCUAAGAGGCCAGUGAAUGGACGCUUUGGCAGCCCGCUUCAUAGAGUAUCAUUAGUCCUCCGACAGAAUUUCCCCUUAGUCCGGGCUUUGCCAAGUACACUUACACUACCGACCCGGUAGGUCAGGAUAGUAGUGCACAGAGUCCUCGCGUGUCCGGCUCUUGUCACGGGGACAGCGGGCGGUUCCGAGGACUCCGCCUGCACACCUCAUUCAAAUAGCGGCGCUCCCUACGGCUCCGCCCUUCCCCAGCCCUUUCUCCUGCCCCUUCCCUCUCUAGAGCACGCACAAUGAAUUUCCCUCAUUCACCUAGUUUUUUGUUUGUUUAGUCCCCACUGGAAUAUAAGCUCCUGGUGACAGGGCGUGGGCUGGGACCCAGGGCGAGGUGCGCGCCGUUGGCGUCGGAGGGCAGGGUGGGAUCCUGUCCUAUUUACAUGUUUGAUGUUUUGUUCAUCAUGAACAUUUUGGCAUUAAUUUUGAAUUUUUAAAAUAUUGUAUUAGAAUUUUUUUAUUACUGAGUUUUCUGGCGCUCACUAAAUUCUGCGCUCACGCAAGUGCCUCUCCCGCUGGGGCCGAGAGCUGAGACUAUUUUACUCUAGGCCCAAUACCAGGGCCCCCUGCAGUACAGGGCAAAUUAACACUCUCUCACUCGGUAAAAAACAUUCUUUAAAAAUCUCCGCCAGUUACCACUUGCAAGACUCCUGGGAACCUCCCAGCCUGGGCACAGGAAGUCUGGGUAAUCACGGGAAAGAACUGGGCUUGUCUCCCCACCGCCCCGUCCUUGCCCCUUUCAGGCCAAACCGCCCUGCCCCUCCCAUGUCUGCGGGACUCCUGUGGCAGGUGUCCUCCACCGCAGGUGACCUCGAGCGGGCCAUGGUGGAUGCGCUGGGCGGGCGACACCUCGUGACCGCUGGCGGCGCGUGGGUGGAGGCCGAGACUGUGCUGCAGAACAAGGUGGUGGCGCUCUACUUCGCGGCCGCCCGGUGCGCGCCCAGCCGCGACUUUACGCCGCUGCUCCGUGACUUCUACGUGGAGCUAGUGGAGCAGGCGCUGCCGCCCGCGCCCUUGGCUGUGGUCUUGGUGUCAGCCGACCGCAGCGCCCGGGAGAUGGAAGACUUCAUGAGCCAGCUGCCCGGUGGCUGGCUAGCGUUGCCCUUCUACGACCCCUAUCGGCAGGAAGAUCCUGAGUCUGGAGAGCAGGAGAGGGGACCUAGGAGGCCACUCCAGCCAGAACUGGAGACCGUGGAUUAGCUGACCAGGCCAGUAAUGACAUUCCUUCUGGCCAAUUAAAAAUGGAAGCUAACUUUGGAAGUCCUGUGGAAGUGUAACUCUUCCCCCAGCACCUGCUUUGGUUCAUGCUGAGGAAGAAAUGAGAGGGCAAACUUGCUUCCUCAAGCCUCUGUCACAGCAGGACUAAGUCAACCAGAUAAAUCCAAAUGACCGCGAUUCACUUGGCAAAAGGAUGCAUUAUAGCAUUACGUCUUGUGCUGGUUGUAAAAUGCGUUUUGAUUUGCUUCGUACUUGAGUUUAUACACAGCUUUUGAAAGAACACAUUUAGUUUUGAAAGUGAUGUAAUCAAGUUAAGAGCUCAGGCCUGGCAGAGCCCAGCUCUGGGAUUCACCCAUGGGGUGACCGGGGGCUGAGUAUAAUGACACGUCACAGACGCACGAGGACUGCGUUGACACAUGAAUUCAGAGCAUGUCAGCUGGUGGUGUGCCAGCACUUGGUGUGUACGGCCCAUUUCACAGAUGUGCCUUAAGGCUCAGAGGCCGGCACUCCUGGCCCUGGAACUCUUUCUGCUUUGGCUGCUGCUUCCCCGAGGGGCCCUAGCUGGGAGAAGGGUCAUCAGAACUACCUUCCACUUCCUUGGUUAUCUUGUCAAAGCUGCUGAGGUUCCUGCAGGCAGCUGAGCAGCUCAGGGCCCAGGUGGCCUCACUUGGCCAUCUCAGGCCAGGAGCUGACUUCCUUCAGACCCGGCCUCACCCCUCUGUUUUUCCACUUGAAGAAGUUAGCUCCUGCUCCUUUCCAGACUGCACUUCAUUAACCCUGUCAUUGCUGUUUGUACAUUAGGAAAUGGGAUAUUCUGUGGGGAUUCUUGGUGCUGUUUCCCCAAUUCUGCUUAUCCCAGCCUGAAUUUAUGGGAUCAGAUCAGGAGCAAAAUAGAAAUAGCCACCACCAAGGAGAACGAAGGAAUGUAGGGCGGAAGCGGAGGAAGUUCCUAAUGUAUGCAGAACACAGCCCUCUGCUGGGUGCUAUGGGAAAGUGGGGCCAGGGCAGUAAUCUCCUUGGCCCCUUGGUCACAGUGAGGGAUCCCUGCUGUCUUCCCUCAGCGGCUGUCCAUUGGAUUACUGCUGACCGCCAAGUCUUAGGAGGAAGAGAGGACAUUACCCACAGAGCCCCCACAGGGUCACCCUGGCAUGGCUGGAGGUAGGACCGCUGCAAAUACCCCUGCAGGAAGAAAAUUCCUGGAGUCGCUCACCUUGUCCCCAGAGCCCACACAAAACCCGUUUGAGACUGCCCUUCUGCCUGGACAGGCGGAUGUUUACUGAUGUCUUUCCUACCAGAGGCAGAGUGGGCGAGAGGAGGGACUGACCUUCAAGGCCUGAACAUGGGGCCAGCACCCAGAACAGGCCGUCCUACCUGGCUUCCUUCCCUUUGUUACAGGCCUAAGAAAGAAGCAACAAUUAAAUACAAGGUCUGACAAUUAAGUUUGUGAACCCAUCCUAGAAAAAAUGCUACAUACUUCAUUGCCGAAUAUACUAUGAUCACCUUCGGAGUAGUCCCCUUGGAGAGCUAUGCACAGAUGCCAGCGCCUAGUCCAUCUUUCCAAGCAAUUGUGCAACUCUUUUUCUGGAAUGGUCAU